AUGCCCAUUGAGACUGAUUUAAAGGUUGCUUAUGAUCUACUCUAUAAUAAAAAACAACCCGAAGAAGCUGUGAAGCUAUAUGACAAUGUCCUACGGCAAUCUGAAAGUAAUUUAGUUGCAAUGAUAUAUAAAGCUGCAUCGCUUGAAAAGUUAUAUCAUGAAUUUAAAGACUGGAAUAAGGAAGAAACAAUUAAUGAAGCUCAUAGCUUGCUUGAGAAAGCGUUAGAAGUAGCUACUUCAAGAGGCAAUAGAUCCAAGAUGGCUCUAGUGUAUUUUAGAUUUUUUGUUCAUGAAUUCCAUAGGGGUAAUUACACAAAAGCUGCAUUAUAUAUGCAGAAAGCGGAAGCAUAUGGGUACAACGAUGCGACGCUAUCAUUGUGGAAAUCUAACUUGGAAGGUAAGCUUGGUAAUCUGAAGGUAAUGGAGAGUGAUGAAAAAUUAGGGGAUACUAGCUCAUCUUCGGCGCCAGAUAAAGAUGGUGAUCACGAACCUGUGAAGAUUAGAACUGAGUGGUACCAAAGUGCUCAAAAUAUUACCAUUUCACUCUUUGUUUCGAAAUUGCCCGCUUCCUCAAAGGACGUGAAGGUGGAAUUAGAGAAUGAUGUUGAUUUGACUGUGAGCUAUCGAGUUGAGGAUACCGGUUCUGACUUUUUGUAUAGUAUUACAUUAGCCCAUCCGGUAGAACAAAGCUUUAGCGUAAAGGUCAUGUCGAAGAAGUUUGAAAUUACUUUUACCAAGAAGGCUAAGGUACAAUGGAAGGCAUUAGAAUCUACGGAAGAAGUAGGAUCUACUCCAUCACAGUCAACUAUUUUACAGCCAAAUUCCGAUAACAAGAAUACUGUACUAAAGUAUCCAUCAUCCUCUAAGAAAGGGAUAAAUUGGGAUAGUAUAAAAAUUGACGAAGACGAAGGCGAGGAACAAGAGUCCGCCGACAAGUUUUUCCAAUCUAUCUAUGCCGACGCUGAUCCUGAUACUAAGCGCGCAAUGAUGAAAUCAUUCAUAGAAAGUAAUGGAACGGCUCUAAAUACCGAUUGGGCAGAGGUAUCUAAAGGGCGGGUUAAACCUUGCUUGCCUGAUGGUACUGAGUUGAAAGAUGUGUAA